AUGCCGCAUCAGUGGAUUUGCCACGCCGCGUACCCGCUACUCUCGCCACAAUUUGAUAAGACCUCUGCCUUAUCACCGCAAACUGGGAAUGACCGCAGUCUGAGAGGCACACCGCAAAGUAGCCGGGAAAGCCACGAGUCGACCGAAAAUCCAAUCUCGGCCUUGUCACCACCCACUAUCAUCAGUGCAAUUGACACCUACCGGAAGAAGUUCCCCAUCACCAAUUUCCUGCAUUAUCCGUCUCUGAUCUCCGAAAUUUCUUCGAAUCCUCACUCGGUGGAUCCGAUUUUCACUGCCUCGCUUCUUUCCCUCUGCGCGCGUUUCAUGCACAGCGAUGAGCUUGAUGAUGAGGCGGUUUACGCUGACUAUGCGCGGAAACAUCUGGCUCACCGGGUGCUUGAUGCGCCGUCGCUGUAUCUUGCUCAAUCACUGGUGAUGAUUUCGUUUUAUGAAUGGGGCACUGGUCGGCCAUAUCAGGCGUGGAUGUACAGUGGUAUGGCCACUUAUAUGAUACAAUCGCUUCUCAAAAUGGCAGACGACAGCAUGGAGCACAACCCGCAGGAAUUCCAUGCCUCCCAGACUCAGUACGAACAGCUUGUCCGCACCUAUUGGUGCUGCUUUGCGCAGGACUGCGAGCUGAGUUCUGGGGCCCGUCAGCAUUUUGCUCUUUCGUUUUCGCAGAUUCUUGUGCCGCUUCCCAUCAGUGAUCGGGAGUUUACGUUUAAUCAUAUACCAGCGAGGAGGUUGAUGCCUGCCGAUAUGAACAAAGAUUGUCCGCUGGCAAAUCGUCUGACCAUUGAAAAUGGCCUCACGAUUGUCACUCGCGGCUUCGAUAUAUUCGUGCGAAUCCUGCGGUUUGCAAAUGAACACCGGCGUGCACUGGCCUCCUUGUCUUCAAAUGACACGGCUACCUCGCCGCUUCAUCUGACCAUCCUCUUCCUUCACCGAGAUCGCUUCUUAUCAAGCCUCAAACCUCAUUCCGAUUUGUUCCAUGAUACAAAUGACGAAAUUCACGGCGAGUCAGACACAAUACGGCAGCUAUUUGAGACUGCUCAGCAGAUUGCCGGGGUGCUCUCAGCCUUAGAGGCGUCCGAGGCCCCGGUCAUCACGCCCUAUUCAGGGUUCAGUGUCUUUGUCGCUGCCCAUAUCAACAUGUAUGGGACGAUAGCCCCUCAACGCUAUCCCGGAGGACUCGAACUGGCAGAGGAGGAAAAGAGCAAGAAUUUGAUCUACCUCGAAAGGUUAAGCCGGUUGUGGCCAGUUGGUCGAAGCUGGGAAGCCAACCGAUUCUACGAAACCGUGAAGAGUACCCAAACCAACACCGAAUCGGGCAUGCACAGCCCGAGACGGUUUGCCCUCGGGGGCACAUUGGAUGAAUAUGGCGAUAUUCGGUCUCGACCAGACCAGGAACUACACUCGACCAGAACGACGCGUACAGCAUCUCCCCGUCCACAUACCCGCGCGGUACAUCGCCCAAGUUUAUCGUCACCGGAUCUUGGGAAUGAAGCGCACGCUUUGGACCGAGACCCCGCAGCAAUUAAUACCCACCAUGACUUUGAAACAGACAUGUUUCAAUGGCCAUUUAUUGAUGGGUCGUGGUCGAGUGGAUUUGAUGCCGGGUUGGAUGGGCUCUGGCAUCAUUCUGGGCUGUUUGAUCCGAACCCAUCUCAUUCCAUGCGAUAG